UUGCAUUUUUAUUUAUGGGUAGUAUUAUUUUUUAGAGGUAUGUGGCAUGAGCAUAGACUAAUAUGGCAAAUUACAUUUUUAGUGUGAGAACCUGUGAAGAUUUAUUUUGAAGGUCUUCACUUUCGUUCUUUCUUUCUUUCUAUUAUUACGUUUGAGAGACUUCGAGGUCUUUGUCUUUUAUUUUGGUAUUGCUUACUUCCGGUUGCAGUCCUUACAAGAGAGCUGUCUUCAGUUGGUGGAUAAAAUCUAACGAUGUGCUAAAGAAGGCUUUAACAAGAGUCAUUUCUUGAGGUGGGAUGUCUACGGAGAGUCGCGAUGGAAGGGUGUCUGUAAGUUUACCGUCGAUUUGCAUGGGACUUGAGCGAUGUCUGCUCUACAGAGAUGGUGGAACUGGAGUCUACUACCAAGCAAUGCCUGCAGUGGGACCGGAUGGGAAAAAUGUCAUGAAGUUGAUCCCUGUCCAGAAACUGAAUGGACAGUAUUUCCAGACACCAUUCAUUGCAGAAAGAGACAAUGUUGAACUACAGCUGAAGGUCCUAACAAAUCCUGUUCAUCCGUCUCCUGCCCCCUCAUUUCAGCUGCAGACUAGACUCUCCUCCAUUCAGCCCAUUGCAGAUAAACAGUAUGUCUUGACGACCCCGCCAGAUGUCAGCACUUUAUUUAACUCAGAAAAAGUUCAACACAGUGGUACUAAUGAAUUAUCCAAACUUGCUCCUAAGCAAGUGCAUGUUCCUCUUGCAACGUGCACAGUUUCUCAGUGUGCAGUACAGUUACCCCCUCAAACCAAUGGGCAGACCAUGGCGGUUGUCCAAAAGCUGCCUGUUACUGUAAAGUCACCUGUUCUCCCAAAUGGUCAUUGCCUUCAGAUCCCUCCUAAUGCGAAAGUUAGGACUCUCCCAGCCUCUGCACUCCCACCUUCCAUCAAAAGCCGGAUAAUGAAGUCUGUAAAUAACACCUUUAACAAUGAGAAGGGUCCACCGACAGUUGUGUUGGUGUCCCCUGUGAACUCUGUGAAGCUAAAUCCUGACCAACAAGUGUUGUUUGCCAACCAGAGUCAAAUACAGAAGGCCUUGUUUCAAAAUCAGGCUGCAAACUUUAUGACAAACCUACCUGUUUGUUCACAAUCCAUUAAAAAACCUAGUGAAGAUGUGAACGCUCCCAUUAAAUGGGUAGUUCAGGAGGGGACAGGUGCAUUUGCUCCAUGUCUUGUACCUGUAGCGUCAACAAGCAUGAACUCUGACUCCAAGAAUGUAGAGUCAGUCACCACAACAAAUGAAAUCGUGGCAAGCAAAGCCACGGCUGCUCAAAUCAGCCAAGAAAAGAUCACCCCAGGCAAGGACAAUGCCCUUGUCAUGUGCAAUGGGAAGGUCUACUUUGUGGCCAAAAAGAAUUCAGAGAUUGCUAGGGAUGUGAUGGUCAGUGAAGGUGUGAAAAGGGGGUUUAUCAGCACCUCUCCUGCUUUGCCCUUCAGCUCUGCUGGAUUAGACUCUUCUAAGGGUACUAAGGAGCGGAAUUUGAAAAUAAAUGUAAACGGUUGUACCCUAAAUGAAAUCAUUGAUCUUUGUGAUGAUGACGAGGAGAGUUCUACAUGCCUGGGAGGUUCCCCUGGCAAUUUGCCCACACCAAGUCAAACAGAGGUGGAUGAGAGUGAUGAAGACUCUAAUGUCAUAUUUGUAUCAUAUAUUCCACCAAAGUCAGAGACCCACUCUGGUGAGAAGGACACAAAUUCUGCCUCUCAGAACAAAAGGAAAGAAAUGGCAUGCUCAGAGAUGGAAAUGGCUGCAAAAUCUACCUCUCAGAAUGAAAGGGAAGAAACGGCACACACAGAGAUUGAAAUAAGCGCAAAAUCUGCCUCUCAGAACAAAAGGGAAGAAUCAGCACAUGAAGAGUUGGAAGUAGAUGAAGAUCAGGAAAAUCCUGCUGCUAGUGAGGGUGAUGAGAUGGAUGUGGAUGAGCAGGCCAAGGAAUCUGAAAUAGCUGAGAGAAACUUGAGUUUUCUAUCUGAAAAUGUGGAUAUGGAGGAUGAGGAAUUGGAGAGUGUAAGUCCAUCAAACCCUUCGUUGGCAGAGUCAAAAUGCCAAGAUCAUGCUGCCGUUGGUGAUACUGUCAGCAGUAAGAAUGCCGUGUGGGGACAGCUUAGUAAUGUUUGCGCUCAAGCCACUGAUAUUACUGAUAAGUCCUUUGGAAAUCCAGCCCCUGAUCAAGAUUGUCAACAGAAGAGCGACCUUCAGCUAAGACAAGAAUUUGGUAUAACCUCUGAUAUACAAAUUUGUAUGCAAAGAGUAAGUAAAACUGCACAGCCAGAUCUACAACCAGAGAAACUUGUGGUAAACAAACGCACAUUAGACGGCCUUCGCAAAUUGAUCCAGGAGUCACAGCUACAGGCAAAAAUCCAGCAGAUGAUUCAGGAGCCUCAAACAAAGAUAGAGGAGGAUAGAGGAAGGAACAAAGUCAGAAGAAAAAAGCUGGAGCAAAAUGGAAAGGAUGCGCAUCAAGAUGUUCCCUCACUCAGCACUAGAAACGUUUCACCUGCCUCUAAACACAGAGGCAAAAAGUCACAAAAUGUUUCCAUUUCUCCCAUUGAAAGUUUGGUUUCACAAACUUGUCAAGUUGAAGUUUGUUCAUCCCGUCAAAAUUCUGGAGACGUAGCAGAAUCUACAGCCGAUAAGGUUCAAAUGCAAAAUGAAAUUCCAGCUGAUAUUACUGGUAACACACGUUGUCAUACUCCCUCAUCAGAACAAACUGUAACACAGACUAGUCAAACCCUCUCACCUUCCUCUGCAACAAGAAAGACACCACCACGCUCAAAAAGAGGUAAGGUGUGCACGGCCUGUCCCUGUGGGACUGUGAUAGGGACUGCAGAGGCAACUAUUUCCCUCCAACCACAGGAGAGGCCGAACCCACCCACUGUUGUUGAGUCCCACAAGGAGACAAGGAGAAGCUGCUUAGAUAAAACGCCAGGGGAGAGCUGGCGACCUGAGACACAUCAACCAACAGGAGAUCAUGAUUCUGUUAAGAAAGCAGUGAAGAAACGGUUAUCAAGCAGUCCACAGAAUGGCAAAUCUUCGUCAAAAAAGUCUACAAGAGAAACCUCACACUCCAUCUCUUCACUUCAUAGUUUAGCAAACAUUACACAAUUGGAUGCCUUCUCUUCAUCCACUUGGCAGGACGGCAACCAGAUUGAGAUGUUUUCAAACGGAACAGAAUGCAGUACCACACCGAGCGGCCACACAUGGACUGAAAUGUCAGAACAAGACUCCAGCCAUACGCAAAUGGCAUCAAAUGAAACCAGCAUGUCAUCGCAUUCUUGGAAACAGCAGGGUCCCAAAGUAGACGAAUUGUCAACUCAAGAGUUGUACUCUGUAGAAGUGCUGGAUGCUGAGGAGAUAAAACGCCGUGAGAGAAUCAAACGCUUAAAGGAUCUUCUUAAGGAAAAGGAGGCUGCGCUGGAAAGGAUGCAACAAAGCAUGAAUUUUUAGUCAUGUUUGAUUCUGUUUAAAAGACUACGCCACAUGACAAGAACAUGAGAAUGACUGGGAAUACCACCAUCAAAUGUACAAGAAAUGUAUACAUUUUGCACAACAUCUUUGUUUGCUCUUAACUUUUUCCCCUUUUAAUAUGUAUUGCAAAUUUCAGUGUCAUAUUUUGUUGAAGCUUUGUUGUGUUCCCAAGUAGACUGUGUUAUGUGUUUCUUAUUUAUAGUUUGCAGUAUAUUUAAGCAACACUAGAUGCUGUCAUUUGUUUUUGUCAUCUUUAUGAUUGUAUUUUAGGUGCCUUUAUAUUUAUAAGUUGUUGGUAUGUUUUUUUUCUGUAGUUAAAUUUGUUAUACUACAGCUUAAUUUUUAAUUAAAAGAAAAAAACUCAAAUGCACUGUUAGUGUAAAUAAAAUACAUUUUGAGAAACUUGUUAGCUGUCCACAUUACAAAACAUAUUUUGGAAGUGGUAAUAUUACUAUUAUGUAUAGUGCAAAUACAUGUUUGCUUUAAGGACAUUUUACAAUAUUGAUUUCCAGGCCUUAAAAGGUCGUGGAAAUUUCUACAGUUAAUUGAAGUUGAGCUCAGUUCUAAAAUAUUAGCUGGAAAUGGCUCUUUAUGAGUGCUCCAGAUAAUUUGUACCUAAAAAAAAAAAAUAAAUAAUCCUUAUCCAGAAUGACAAUAUCCUGCAGUGAGAAUUGACAGCACAUGACCAUAGUAUCCUCUCUUUUAUUGUACCCUUCGUUGCAUACUUACUGUAUCGGGUGUUCUACAAACAAGAUUACAUUUUUUAAAUGGGAUUAGUAACGAUAUUUAUUUUUUGUGUUCAAGCUUCAUCAAACUGGUCAAAGUGCAGUCUUUUAACAGACGGCAUGUAGUCAGUACAUUUAAUCAUCUCACACCUUUAGGCAAGUUUUGGAGGUUAUUAGAUUAGACAACUAGUGUGCAACUAGAUUGCAAAAUAAUUGCCACAGAGCAUUGUGACGAGGAGGAGGGCGUGGCUGGGCCGUGAUGACGCACGCCAGGCGCUGAGUGGUCUAAUCAGCGGGAUAGAGACAAAGAGUGGCCAAAGCCGUUUCAAGAGAGACGAAAGUGUUGUGUGUGUGCGUCUUUGUUUUUGCUGCAAAACACUUUUAUGUUAUGUUUAAGUUAUGUUCGGUCAUUAAAGUUUACGUUGCUGUUCA